CAAGCUAAUUGGAUAUUACACAAGCCUUCAUUCUUGUAUCUUGGAUUAGCCUAAAUCAGUUCAAUAGGUACUUCAAGUAUGGCCACAUUUUCAAACCUUUGUCUCUUGUAUCUUGGAUAAAUCAAUUAAAUAUUCCAAGUAUGGCCAGCACUUUCACAAGCCCAGAAGAGCUGUCCGAUUGGGAAAUGAUUGACUUGAGUCAUGAGGAGAUCAUGAAGGCUCUGAAUCAACCUCUUCAAAAACCUUCAAUCGAAAAAAUCUGUCAUCUGACUUGUUUGGUAAUCGCUGACAAAGUUCCAAGCGAAUUUAGUAGUAUAACGGAUACAAUAGAACUUGGCUCAAUAGCAGACAAAUUGCACACUACUUAUUGCCCACUACAUGAUGACAAAUCAACUGAAUUAUCUCCCUCCAAUCAAUCAGAGCCCAUCUCUUCGACAUCAUCAACUACACAUGAAAAAGUCCCAGAAAUGUUGCAUGCAAAACUGGAAUUAUUAUCUCCUCCCAAUCAAUUGAAACCCAUCCCUUCGACAUCAUCAACUAAUCAUGUAAAACCCUCAAAAAUGUUGCAUGAGGAGCUAGAUUCGAAUCAUGGGGAGGUUUCAAACACUACAGAGAAUUUGAGUUCUAGAAUAAAAUCGCUGGGUAGAUUCAAUGAAUGCAUUUUCUCGAGCUUUGAUACUACUCGAUAUACAGAUAUCCGAGACUUUGGUUUGGUGUAUUUAGGAAAAGCUCUUGAAGUAAAACCCCAGAAGUUGACUAAUCUUUCCCUCAGAGGAAAUUUGGUUACAAGUGAAUUGCUCAUUGAAUUUUUAAAAUACUUACCAAAAUCUGAAAUUUGUUCUCUUGAUUUACCAAAAGUAGUUGAACAGAGCCCAGACAAAUACAGAGACCAGUCAAGAGCAGAGUUAUGUGAAAUCCUACCUGAAAUACCUUAUCACUUGGGAGAUAAUUUAGUCUAUGAUGAAGAUUACUUAGAUGAUGAUUAUGAAGGUGAUCGAAUUCCUUGGCCAACCAUCCUAUUAACCAGAAAUGUGUUAUCUGAUUAUGGAUAUUUCAAUGCUGCUACUGCUGCUGAUGAUAGAGAUGAUGAUGAUGAUGAUGAUGAUGAUGAUGAUGACGAUGAUGAUGAUGAUGAUGAUGGUGGUGGUCAUUAUAAUGGAACUAAAUAUGAUAAGAAAGUUCAUAGAAAUUGGUUACAAAAUCUUGCAACAAUAUUGAAAGACACCAAAAUGAAAUCCCUAGUUUUAAAUGAUAAUGUCAUCAACUUGGAAAUGCUUUCUAGUUCACUAGUUGGCUCACAAAUAUCCUAUCUUGGUCUAAGAGCAUGUAAAAUAAAAGAUGAUGGUUUAAAAUGUUUGGCAAAAGUUUUGAAUGAUACAAAACUCACCUCCAUAGACUUGAGUAACACUGCAUUGGACUGUGGGAGAUUGAAGAUGCUUGUAAACGGUUUAGUAGGGACAACUAUUACAACGCUGAACCUAAGCUCAAAUAAAAUAGGUGUUGAGGGACUUAAAUGUUUGGGUGGUGUUUUGAAAAACACAGCAAUCACAACCAUUGAUCUCAGUGAAAAUAUGUUAAGCUAUGAAUGCAUACAAGUAUUUGCACCUUAUCUUGUGGGUUCAAAUAUUACUUCUCUAAAUUUGAGGAGAAACCAGAUAGGCGAUGAUGGUCUGAGAUGCCUAGCAAAUGCUUUGACGAAUAAGGACACAAAUAUAGAAUCUAUCGAUUUGGGAUCAAAUGAUCUGUCUGAUUUGCAAACAUUGACAACUUGUUUGUUGAAUACGAGAAUCACAUCACUAGGUUUGAGUGGAAAUUAUCGAUUUCUUUCAAAUAGCCCAAGUGUCUUUGACGAUUUUUUUAAACAAUUGACGAAGACCACCUCAAUUGACCUCAGCAAGUGUUUUUUGCAUUGCAAUGAUUUGGAACUGUUGUCAUCGGGCUUGGCUAAUUCAAACAAUACGUCACUCAAGUCACUUAACCUUAGUAAGAAUGAAAUAAAAGAGGAUGGUAUUAGUUUUCUGAUUGAUAUCUUGAAGAAACAUAAAAUUACUUACCUGGAUAUCAGUUAUAACUGCGGUGAUCAACUAGGCCUAUGUUCAAAAUUAUUAACAUGUUUAAAUCAAACCAAUGUAGAAUCUCUAAAAUUAGAGGAAAAUGAGAUGGAUUACGAGAGUUUAGAAAAAGGUUUGGUGGGCUCUAGCGUUAACUCAAUUAAUCUUGGUUACUACCCAUACCGAGUCGGUCUCAGUCAUCAUCAGAAAUGUGCUAAUUUCUUUGCAAGUUUGAAAUUGAAUUCAAACAUCACUUCACUGAAUUUAGAUGGCAGUUAUCAUUCAUACCCUGUUUUCAAAGAAAUGGUUUCUGUUCUUGAAUAUACAUCGAUCACCUCACUCAGUCUUAGAAAGUUUACUUCAGACUGCAAUACGUUGACAGAUCUGUUAUUGUGCCUGCCGGAUACAAAAAUAACAACACUCAAUCUCAAUGGAAGCACGAUUUGCGGUAAUAUAUUUUAUUUGGCUUCUGUUCUGCAAUUUACUAGCAUUACUUCUCUUGACCUAAGCGAUUGUGAAAUUUUCGAAGGAAAUCAUAUUAGUGAGGUUCAAAACAAGAUUGACUCAAACGAUUCCUCACUUACUUUGACAGAUAGUAGUCUGUGCUUUUUCAGUGUUUGUUACUUGGCACGUCAACUAUGUCAAACAAAAUUCAAUAAACUCAACCUAUGUGGUAAUAAAAUGGCAUACAAUGCUAUGAAAUAUCUUUCUCAGGGACUGUUGGGCUCACAAAUUGUUGAACUCGAUCUGAGUUCCACCAAAGUAGAUAGUUUUGGCGUCUACUAUCUAGCUCAAGUGCUUAGACACACUCGGAUAUCAUCAUUAAAUUUAUCACAGAAUGAAAUUUCCUGUACGGGUAUCAGGCAUUUGACAGAUGGUCUUGUUGGCUGUCAAAUGAAAUCACUCGAUUUGAGUGAAAAUCGUAUUAAGGAUGAAGGUGUCCAACAUUUGGCUCAACAUCUUGCAAAUAGGCCUACUGGCAUUUCUGAAAUAAAUUUGCGUAGAAAUUUGAUUAGAAGCCAAACAGCAUAUCAGUUGUUCAACAUUGUGAAACAAAAAAACACGAAUGAAAUUAGAAAGAAUGUAACAAAAGUUCACCUUGAUAUUAUGAGCACCAAUCUGAUUAGUUACAUGGGUUUAUUCAAAUAUUCAGAUUGCAUCGUUGAAAUUUUUAAACCAUGUUCCAGAUCAGAGGAUGUUAAUUUUGUAAUUGAGAAUACCUAUCAAAAACUGGGUAUAACAAAAUUGGUUUUGAAGGGCGAAAGUUUUGAACAUUUGUUGGGAACAUUUGACAACAUGAGCAUCACAGAAUAUGAACACCACUUCAGCAAAAGACCUGUCCUGUCCCCCAAUCUUGAUAUUUCAUCAUUUUGGACAAUAGUUAAUUACAUACCUCCCAUACUUUUGAAUAGCAAUAUUGCUGUACUCAGUCUGAAUUAUAUCAAUUCUAUAAGACCGAUGGAACAAAAUGAAUCGAUUUUGAAAGUGAAAGUCAUUUCACUAAAAUUGCUGAGAGAAAAAAGAGCUGACGACGAACAACGUAACAGAACGAGAGAAUAUUACAAUUUGCCGCCAAUAGAUCACUCCUCAAGCAUUGAUAUACGCUAUUUUAAAGCACUGAUUUUAAGCAGUAAUAUUUUUUACCUGGAUUUGAGUAAUACCAAUAUAACCUGUUAUGAUAUUGAGAUAUUGGCUGAAUUUUUGAAAGAUACCAACAUAAUUUCUCUGAAUUUGAGCAAUAAUGGUUUGGAAGCAAAAAGUAUUGAGUUUUUAGCCAACAUUCUUCCUCUAACUCGAAUCAUAUACAUAGAUUUGCACGGAAAUACAAUUGGCUAUUCAGGUUAUGAAUACCUUUUUAAAGCAGCACCCAAGUCAAGUGUUUGUUGGCUAUCGCUUGCAAAUAAUAAUAUUGAAGAAGGAUUGCAAGAAAUUGUAGAAUUAUCACCUUUGAUUGUGCCACGAGACUAUACACCAAUCGUGAAAUAUUAUUAUUGAGAUUAUAAUUUUUCUAAAAGAAUCACUGAUAUUUCAUAUCUAAAUAUCAUCCACUUGAUUGGAGUUGAAUCAUGAUAAUUAUUUACAUGAAUAUUAUUAGUCUAGCAAAUUUUUCUCAUAUUUUAUUACUUGAUAUUUAGCUGAUGAUAGCUAAUAGCUGAAGGGAUUGAGAUUAUAUAUGUAAACUGUUUCUAUUGAAGUUGUAUUUUGAAAAAAAUAAAUUGAAAUUUCAACUGUACCUGACUUGAUCAGCACACCUAGCAUAUCCUCAGUCUUUUGAUCAGUAAAGGUAUCAUAUCGGUAUCUUUAGAAACAAUUCUUGGAUAAUCCAGCUCAUCAGACCUAUUGGUCGUAGGCCCAAUUUUGUAGUCACAUCUUUUUCCUCCGUAACGUAGCUAACACUGUUAAAAGUUCAACAGUAUUAGACUAUCAGUAUUUUCAUUUUCAAAUAAUGAAUUAAAAUAAUGAUUGAUAUAUUUUUGCUGACCAGUCCUAGUA